UUUUCUCUUUCUCUCUCUAUCCCUCCCUCCCUCCCUCCAUCCUCAUCAUCAUCAUCAUCUUCAUCAUCUUCAUCGUUCAUCAGAUCUCAGCUUCUGCUCCAGUUCUCCCCCGCUCCGUUGUUGCCGAUUUCCGGCCGUCCGAUCUCCCGGCGAGGGGGAGAUCCGCCGAUUUGAUCGACCCCUCCUCCCGUCAUCGUCCGAGGCCCCGAUCGCCCUACCCGACCCGCCCCGGCAAUGAACGACUUCGACGCCCUCCUGACCGCCGAUUUCGGCUUCAAGCCCCAGGGCAAAUCGGCCCCCAUGAAACCCUCCGGCGGCGGCGGCGGCCCCGGCCCCGGCCCCGGCCCCAUGCCCGCCUUCGACUUCGAUCUCGGAUCCCGAUCCGGCCGCGCCGCCAGUUCCGAUCACGCCUACGGCUCGAAGCCCAAUGCGAAGUCCCAAACCCUAGACGACUUCGGGGACCUCUUCGGCGGCAAUGCGAGGGGCGCGACCAGAUCGGAGGGCGGCGGCGGCGGCGGCGGCGGCGGCGGGUCGGGAUUCGAUUUCGACUCGAUGUUCGCUUCGAGCGCCAAAUCGCCGGGCUCGCCGGUGUACGAUAAGCCUGUCUACGACGAUGAUAUAUUCGAAGGCAUUCCGGGGAUCAAGAGCUCUUCCGGGGUGAAAUAUGAGGACGUCUUCAGGUCCAUUUCCGAUUCCCCGCCGCGGAGGAAAGGGAAUGAAGAUAGUGGGUUCGACGAUCUUUUGGGGGGAUUUGGAAAGAAGGAAAGUGAGUCGAAGAGUAAGGGAUAUGAUCGGAGCGUCCCUGCUUUUGACGAUGAUUUAAUUCCUGGGUUUGGAGGAAGUGGUGCUCCUGCUAAAAACAGGCCAAUGCCAGAGCCUACUUGGUCUUCUGAGCCAACGCAUCACACGAGUAAAAUGACAGAAGAUCCAUUUGCGUCAUUGGGAUCAACCUCACCCCAUGUGACCUCAUCUUCCGGCCUUUCCACUGACCCAUUGGAAGAAUUUAGUAAGCUUGGGAAAUCCGAGAGCAUGAAAACUGAUGCUCCAUCUGUAUCCAGUGGGGGAGUAUAUGAUGACAUGGAUCCAUUUGAUGGCUUGGGAAAAUCUGUGCCGUCAUUUUCAUCUGAAAGAACCAAUAGUGGCAAGGAUAGAAGUCCUUUGAGGAGAGAGCACAGCUCUAGGAGGAGUCCAGACAACUAUGUGGAAGAGUCUUUUCCUGAUGAUAAUGAUCUUAAAUCUAAUAAAACUUUUUUCGAUAUUCCUCCUGCUUCUCGAGGUACUCCCGUGUCUGCUGGUCAAACUGCUUCUGAUCCUCCCUAUGCACAGGCCAGUCCGAAUGAUGCCAGUAGUCCAGUAGAUAUGUCCCCAAGAUACGAGGAACAUGUCUCAUCCUCUGAUGAGGUAUGGCUCACGGUAUCAGAAAUUCCUCUUUUUACACCACCUACGAGUGUGCCCCCGCCGUCUAGACCUCCUCCUCCAAGACCAGCACGAGUCAUAAGAGCAGGAAGUAGCUCUUUUGGAUCUGCAAAUGCGAAGAGAAAUGUUAAUGAGUUUUCUUCAUUCCCAAAUUCCACUCAAAAUUUUGAGGAUUCUAAGUCAGUUCCUCCUACUUUUAGGAGUUCAGCUUCAUCUCCAAUAGAUGAAUUGGGAGAUUUUGCAAUGGGCAGGAGUAGAAAUAAUGUUGAUGAUCAUUCCAACGGCUUUUAUAGUGAGGAGAUGGGGAUGAACUCUGAUGCUGCUGCAUCUGCAGCAGCCAUGAAAGAAGCCAUGGAGAGGGCAGAGGCUAAGUUUAGGCAUGCAAAGGAGGUAAGGGAAAGAGAGAGUAGUAAGACUGCUAGAAGUAGGGACACUGUGCAUCUCGAGAAGGACGAGGAUUUUCUGGAUGCUGAUGAGAGAGCUCUGCGGGAAAAGCAAGAGAGGUUAGAUCGCGAGAGGAUGCAGAGGGAGAAGGAAGAGGAAGAGAGGGAGCAAAGGAGACUUGAGAAAGAGAGAGAAAGAGAAGAAAAAGAGAGGGAACAAAGGAGACUUGAAAAGGAAAGGGAGAGAAGAGAGAUUGAGAGGGAAAAGGCCAGACAAGCCGUGGGAAGGGCUACGAGGGAGGCACGUGAGAGAGCAGCUGCUGAGGCACGUGAGAGAGCAGCUACAGAUGCUCGCCAGAAAGCUGAAAGGGCUGCUGUGGAUAAAGUGAAUGCUGAAGCUCGAGAGCGCGCAGAAAGGGCAGCAGUGUUUAGAGCACAAGCUGAAGCCCGUGAAAGAGCAGCUGUAGAGGCAAGGGAAAGAGCUGAAAAGGCUGCUGCAGAAGCAAGGGAUAGGGAAGCACAGGGGAGAGCUGCUGAAGCACGGAUGAAAGCAGAACGAGCUGCUGUGGAGAGAGCUGCUGCAGAGGCUCGAGAGAGGGCUGCUGUGGAGGCUCGAGAGAGGGCUGCUGCGGAGGCUCGAGAAAAGGCUGCUAGGGCCAACCAACAAAAGAAUGAUAAUGAUCUCGAAUCUUUUUUCAGCAUGGGUCGAGCAAGCAGUGCUCCGCGGCCCAGGGCCAAUUCUACAGAUCCUUUCUUUGAAACACAGUCACAAAGCAGAAAGGGGCCUGAUGUGGCCAAGACAUCUGAAUCUACUUCAUCAAGCAUGAAAAAAGCUUCAUCAAACACAAAUAUUGUUGACGAUCUUUCUUCAAUUUUUGGAGGAGGAGUAGCAUCAUCUGGGGAUUUUCAGGAAGUUGAAGGAGAAAGUGAAGAAAGACGUAAAGCUCGGUUGGAACGCCAGCAGAGGGCUCAAGAACGAGCGGCAAAAGCCCUGGCUGAGAAGAACCAGCGGGAUCUUCAGGUUCAGGAGCAGGCUGAGAGACAUAGAAUUUCUGAAACAUUGGAUGUGGAGAUCAAGCGAUGGGCUGCUGGCAAAGAGGGGAACCUUCGGGCCUUGCUUUCAAGUUUACAAUAUGUGCUCUGGCCUGAAUGUGGUUGGCAGCCUGUGUCUUUGACAGAUUUGAUAACUGUUGCAGCGGUGAAGAAGGUAUACAGGAAAGCAACCUUGUGCAUUCAUCCUGAUAAAGUGCAGCAGAAAGGUGCUAAUCUUCAGCAGAAAUACGUUGCUGAAAAAGUGUUUGACCUCCUUAAGGAAGCUUGGAACAGAUUAAAUUCUGAGGAGCUCUUUUGAAAUCCUGGAGCGAUCUUGCAUCUUUUAACGCUGCAUUGUUGGCAACCGUGUCAUAUUUUUGGUGGAAUGCUAGUCUGCUUCAUGCAGAAGAUGGUAGCACGUCUUCUUGAUGAAAUGUACUGUGCACAUGUGCAGACAUAGAGCAUAGAUACACACAAUCCAUUUGAUUUCUCCCAAAGGUUGCAGAACAUCGUCGCUUGCUGCAAUUGAGCGUCUCUCGAGGUAAAAGAAGUUGAAAGCUAUUGAGUUAUCGGUUGGAAUGUUGUGCCUUUGUAGAAUAGCAUCUGUUGAUUCCAUUUAUGGAAAACUCUUACUAGAUUUGCUUCUCAUUGAGAUUGAGAAGACUGUCUUCUUUUGGUAAUUUUUUCCCUCUUGGGUUGUGAUAUAGCUCCAUUUAUUGAGUGUAUAACCUCAUCUGUAUCGAUCUGUAUGAUUGCUCUGCACAUCUCUAUAUAGAAGAAAGUCUUUAUUUUAGUGGACA